AUGAAUAUUGCUGGAAAAUCUAAGGAUAACAUUAAGGCUCGAAUGAAUUUAGAAGCAAUGGGUAUAAGAAAAGAGUUACAUUUACAGCAAAAGGGAAAUAAAUUUUUUAUGCCACUUGCUUGUUAUACAUUACCGAAGCCUGAAAGGAGAAAGUUUUGCGAAUGGUUGCAGUCAAUCCGGUUGCCAGACGGAUAUGCUUCCAAUCUUUCUCGAUGUGUAAGUGUUCAGGACUGCAAAGUUAUGGGGAUGAAAAGCCAUGAUUAUCAUAUAUUCUUGCAACGGUUACUUCCAGCAUCAAUUUGUGGGUCUUUGCGUAGUGAGGUUUACACUGCAUUAUCAGAGUUGAGCUCUUUCUUUAAGGAGCUUUGUUCGAAGACUUUAAAAAGAUCUACAGUUAAAAAGUUGCAGAGCGAUAUCAUUUUGAUAAUAUGUAAACUUGAGAUGAUAUAUCCUCCAUCUUUUUUCGUGGUAAUGAUGCAUUUGGCAAUUCAUCUGCCACGUGAAGUAGAAUUAGGAGGCCCUUUUCACUAUAGGUGGAUGUACUUUAUUGAGAGGUUCUUACGUACUUUGAAAAAUUAUGUACGUAACUUAGCUCGACCGGAGGGUUCAAUUGCUGAAGCGUAUAUCACUAAAGAAUGUUUGAACUUUUGUUCACUGUAUUUUCAUGGGGCUGAGACAAUAUAUAAUCGCGUUGAGAGAAAUAAUUUUCCUGUUGGACGCUUACGUGCUACUGGUUUGGUUGCAGCAACAGAUCAUAUAUAUGCGUUGGGAUUAGGUCCUGAUAUACGAAUUCUAGGUACAAUAUCAUUGACCUCCAAUAUGUUAAUGGGAAUCAUGUUUUCUUGUUUAAAUGUGAUUGGUGGGAUGUUGGCGAUAAAAAUGGAAUUAAAACAGAUGGCAACUUAG